UUUUCCCAUGAGCUUGAGCGAUCUCUAUCAGAAUUCCCUGAAAUCCCAUACUUGCCUAACAGUGCUCCUCCCAUACUAGCCACAGACUCACAUCUCACAUUUAUGAUCGAGCCCCACUUUCUCCUUUCAUGUCCUCGCCAUUAAAUGUUCGGUGCCCUCACAGCAAUGCCGUACAUCCUCAUUGUAACCAUGAAGAAGUCCCUUCUUGUAGUUCAAUCACAAAGCUCAGAGAGUGAUUCUGAUGGCACUGAUCAAGCUCACAACCAGAGCAUCGUAGUUCCGACUACAGUCAUUGCGAUAGCCGAUAGCAUCCAAAAGAAAGAUAACUCAUGGGUUGUUACUUCCCAAAUCGCUACAGAUCUAUCGAUUCAAGUUCAAGACGUCACUUUUACUGUUCACAAGUAUCCCUUGGUAUCAAAAUGUGGCUACAUAGGCCGCCUGGAACUUCAGCCUUCGAUUUCAAAUUUUGGGUACGAACUCAAGCUUGAAAACUUCCCAGGUGGAUCAGAAGCAUUCAAAAUCAUUCUAAAAUUCUGUUAUGGUCUCCCGUUAGACUUAAACCCUAGCAACAGUGCUCCACUACGAUGCGCAUCAGAAUUCCUAGAAAUGAGUGAAGAGAUUGAUGAUGGAAAUCUCAUCUCAAAGACAGAAGCUUUCCUCACAUUUGUAGUCCUCUCAUCGUGGAAAGACACCAUCACUGUUCUCAAAUCAUGCGAAACUUUAUCUCCAUGGGCUGAAAAUCUUCAAAUAGUUAGAAGAUGUUGUGACUCAAUAGCAUGGAAGGCUCCUAGAGACAAUUCAAUGGUUAAUGAUGAAGGAUGGUGCUUUGAUGAUGUGGCUUCCCUUCGCAUUGAUCAUUUCAUGAGAAUUAUAACUGCAAUAAGGGCAAGGGGAGCAAAACCAGAGAUCAUAGGUAAAUGUAUCAUGCGAUAUGCAGAUAGAUGGUUGCCAGGCAUGGAUGCAGAGUUAGAAGGACUAAGAGGGUAUGGGUAUGGAAAGAAUGAACUGCAGUUCAGUAUUUUGAUCGGAAGGAAGGAGGACGAGGGUAUUGAACAUAGCAAGGAGCAAAAAUCUAUUAUUGAAAGCCUAGUAAGCAUACUUCCUUCUCAACCAGAAGCAGCCCCAUGUAAGUUCUUGCUGAAGAUGUUGAAAAUGGCAAUGGUUUACUCUGCAUCCCAAGCUUUGAUUGCAGAGCUUGAGAAGAGAGCAGGGAUGAUGUUGGAGAAUGCCAAUGUGAAUGAUCUUUUGAUUCCUAAUUAUAAAAGUGAAGAUCAGGGGAAAAUGGUCAAGUCACUUGAAAAACAAACAAUGCACAACACAGAUGUGGUACAAAGAAUGGUGGAGUAUUUUUUGAUGCAUGAACAAGAGAAGCAACAACUGCCACCGACAUCAGGGAAAUCAAGUGUUAGCAAGCUUUUGGAAAAUUACCUAGCUGAGGUAGCAAAGGACCCUAAUCUUUCCAUUACCAAAUUUCAAGUUUUGGCUGACGCCCUGCCAGAGAGAGCUCGGUCAUGUGAUGAUGGUCUUUAUAGAGCCAUUGACACCUAUCUCAAGACUCAUCCUUCGCUCUCUGAGUACGACCAAAGAAGGCUAUGCAAAAUAAUGAGCUGUGGGAAGCUAUCACUUGAUGCGCGCAUGCAUGCAGCACAAAAUGAUAGGUUGCCUCUAAGAACAGUGAUUCAGGUGUUGUUCUCAGAGCAAGUAAAGAUGAGGGCAGCAAUGCAAGGAAAAGAACCAGCAGCAAGUGAUAACAACUCAGAACAGGAAAUAACUCAAACAUCAACAAAAACUGAGAUCAUGACCUUAAGAGCAGAACUUGAGAACGUAAAGACGCAAAUGACAGAGCUGCAGAGGGACUAUUCUGAACUGCAACAUGAAUAUGAAAAGCAAAACAACAAGCAUAGAAAUGGAUCAGCUUGGAAUUUUGGGUGGACAAAGAUCAGAACAUCAGCUCUUUUCCAUAGAAAAUUAGAUGGGAAUGAAGGUGGAGAAGGACACCAGAGAUCAAAUUCACUUGGUAGCAAAAUCAAUUUCAGAAGACGACUAUCCAUAUCAUAAAAUUCUAGUCACCAAGCCCAACUCCCACCCCCACAAAUUCUUGUUUGAUAUCAAUAACACUGUUUUCUUAGGGUAAGUUCACCUGUAAGAACAAGCUUGGGUACAUCUUGCUUGUCAAAGCAUAUAAUCAACUAAGUUGUGGUUUCAUCCGAUGUAAAAAAAAGGCUUGCAAGGAAUAGAAUAAUUCCAGUACAUUACGGCA